AUGUCGAAACCCUUCUUCGCCAAGGUCAAGAGCGUGCUGAGCGGCGACACACUGGUUCUUACUGCCCCCAACAACCCGAAAGCCGAGAAGACCUUCUCUCUCGCCUACGUCACUGCGCCUCGCCUCAGCAAGGACGGCGAUGAGCCCUUUGCUUUCCAAUCAAGAGAAUACCUCCGCGAGCUCGUCGUUGGCAAGCAGAUUCAAUGCACAGUAGCUUACACCGUUCCCUCGGGCCGCGAAUUCGGUACUGCUCUUCUCUCCCGUGACGGUCCUUCCCUUCCCGAUGAGGCUGUCAAGGCUGGCUGGCUCAAGGUUAGGGAAGAGGCUGGCCGCAAGGACGAUGACGAGGCGAUUCUUCAGCGUCUUGACAACCUGCGCCAACUGGAGACCCAGGCCAAGAACGAGGGCAAGGGCCUCUGGUCUGGCAGCGGUGGCAACAUCGAAGUCCAGAAUGAUCUCGGAGGCCCCGAGUUCAUGAAGGAGUGGAAGGGCAAGACUGUUGAUGGUAUUGUCGAGCGAGUCCUGAGCGGCGAUCGUUUGCUCGUGCGACUUCUGCUUUCGGAUAAGAAGCACGUGCAGGUCAUGACGCUCCUUGCCGGAGUCCGAACUCCUGCCACGGAACGAACAGUACAGUCUACCGGCCAAACACAACCCGCCGAAGAGUUUGGCAAUGAAGCUAAGAGCUUCGUCGAGGAGAGGUUGCUCCAGCGUCGCGUCAAGGUUGAUAUCGUUGGCGCCAGCGCCCAAGGCCAGCUCGUCGCUUCUCUCAUCCACCCCAAUGGCAACAAGAACAUUGCCGAGUUCCUCCUGCAAGAGGGUCUGGCGAGAUGCAACGAUUUCCACUCAACAAUGCUCGGCGAGAAGAUGGCCACUCUGCGCGCUGCCGAGAAGGCUGCCCAGAGCAAGAAGCUGCGUCUGCACCAGCACCAUGUUGCCAAGGCCGACGGCUCGCAAUCCGACAUGAUUGUCGCCAAGGUCAUUGGUGCCGAUAUUAUUAUCGUCCGCAACAAGGCCGGUACCACAGAGAAGAGAAUCAACUUGAGCAGUGUCCGUGGCCCCCGCUCCGGUGAGGCUUCUGAGGCACCUUACAGGGACGAGGCGAAGGAGUUCCUCCGUAAGAAGAUCAUUGGAAAGCAUGUGCGCGUCAGCAUCGACGGAUCAAAGCCGGCUGCCGAUGGAUUUGAGGCACGUGAUGUGGCCACUGUCACUGAGAAGGGCAAGAACAUUGGUCUCCUUUUGGUCGAGGAGGGCUAUGCUACUGUCAUUCGUCACCGCAAGGAUGAUACCGACCGCUCCCCCAACUACGACGAGCUUCUCGCUGCCCAGGAGAAGGCCAAGGAGGAGAAGAAGGGUAUCUGGUCCGGCAAGGCCCCCAAGCUCAAGUCCUGGGUCGAUGUUUCCGAGUCCCAGCAGAAAGCCAAGAUUCAGCUGGCUACCCUGCAGCGCCAGAAGAAGGUUCCUGCUGUUGUUGACUUUGUCAAGUCUGGCUCCCGCUUCACCGUCCUCAUUCCCCGUGAGGGCGUCAAGCUUACCCUGGUCCUCGGUGGUGUCCGUGCCCCGCGUGCCCCUGGUCCCCGCGGUGAGAAGGGUGAGGAGUUCGGCCAGGAGGCUGCCGAGCUUGCCAACCGUCGCUGCAACCAGCGCGACGUUGAGGUUGACAUUUACGACAUUGACAAGGUUGGUGGCUUCAUCGGAGACCUGUACAUCAACCGUGAAAGCUUUGCCAAGAUCCUCGUUGAGGAGGGUCUUGCAUCCGUUCACGCCUACUCUGCUGAGAAGUCUGGCAAUGCUGCCGAGCUCUUCGCGGCUGAGAAGAAGGCCAAGGAGGGCCGCAAGGGUCUCUGGCACAGCUGGGACCCGUCGCAGGACGAGGAAGAGGAGCCCGUUGCUGUCGAGACCACUGCCAACGACACCCCUGAGGCUUACGGGAACAAGCCCAAGGACUACCGUGACGUUGUUAUCACCAACAUUGACGGAAACGGCAAGAUCAAGAUUCAGGAGAUUGGCAAGGGCACUGCCGCGCUUACUACUCUGAUGAACGACUUCAAGAAGUUCCACCUCGACUCCAAGAACGCGAAGCCUAUCGGUGACGCGCCCAAGGCUGGUGACUUCGUGGCUGCCAAGUUCUCCGCCGAUGGACAGUGGUACCGUGGCCGCAUCCGUGCCAACGACCGCACCGCCAAGGUGGCCGAGGUUGUCUACAUUGACUACGGCAACUCUGAGAAGCAGCCGUGGUCUAAGCUCCGCCCUCUGGACCAGCCUCAGUUCACUGUGCAGAAGCUCAAGGCUCAGGCUAUCGAUGCCUCCCUGUCAUUCCUCCAGCUGCCCACAGCCCCUGAGUACUUCCAGGAGUCAAUCGACUUCAUUGCGGAGCUCACCGAGGGUAAGGAGCUGGUUGCUAGCUUCGACUUUGUCGACAACAAGGAGAACCUGAGCUACAUCACGCUGUUCGACUACAAUGCCGGUGACAAGAAGCCCGGUCCGAACGACUCUAUCAACAAGGCGAUUGUCGCCAACGGCCAGGCUAUGGUUCCCAGAAAGCUCAAGGCGUGGGAGCGCAGCAGCCAGCACGCUGCUUACCUUAAGCACCUGAAGGAGGUUGAGGCCAAGGCGAAGGAGGACAGACUUGGCAUCUGGGAGUACGGUGACAUUACUGAGGAUUAA